AUGGACUACGGUGGGUAUUUUGCGGGCACGCAGACGACGUCGGGGAGUGCGACGGCUAAUGACAGUCCGACGGUUCCGAAUCCGUUUCAGAUGACAGCCGCCAACCUGAAUUUCGCUGCCACCCAGUCCGGCUACGCGGCACACCAAUCUCCAUUGUACGGCCAGUACGCGAAUCCGUACAGUUUGGCAAGCCGCUCGCUUCCCAACCAAUCAAACGGUGUGUAUCGACAGAGCACCGAGCAGCUGCAGGCCUUCUUUAAUACCGGCCUUCAGUAUCAGCUGUACGGGAAGUCGGUGUCGGAGGGGCUACGUGGCGGGGUGCUGCCCGGGUUGCCGAGUUCCAGUCUUGUUGGAGCGCUAUGCGGUGGGAAUCCAGCAGAACGCCGGAAACAGCGCCGCAUUCGGACUACUUUUACUAGUGCGCAGCUAAAGGAGCUCGAGCGGGCCUUCAUGGAGACGCACUACCCCGAUAUCUACACGCGUGAGGAUAUCGCGAUGCGGAUUGACCUGACUGAAGCUAGGGUGCAGGUGUGGUUCCAGAAUCGGCGAGCCAAGUGGCGCAAGCAGGAGAAGCUCAGAAAGUCGAAGGAGGAGAACCCAGCAGACGCCCACGCCGACACUAGCCAAGUGGAUGCACUAGAUAGCAAAGAUCAUCUACUGAUCGCUAGCGAAUUGUUGCUCCCC